CCGGCUCAAAAGAACGAUUCGUUCAAGAACCGAGCAUCACUAUCCGGAAGCCUGUGCUGUGUAUGCGGAACUGAUGAAGAGAGUCAAUAAAAAAACACGGGCAACUAGCGCUUCUUCUCAACACGGGAUUUGAAAGCUGCGAGAAUGACAAACGUGUACUCUUUCGACGGCAUUCUUGUAUUCGGCCUUCUUUUCAUCUGCACGUGUGCUUACCUGAAGAAGGUCCCUCGUCUGAACAGCUGGCUGUUGUCUGAGAAGAAAGGUGUCUGGGGAGUCUUCUACAAAGCUGCGGUGAUAGGCACACGGCUCCACAUCGCUGUGGCGGCGUCCUGUAUGUGUAUGGCGUUUUACCUCAUCUUUCUCAAAUGACCCGGAUGAACCGCUCUCUUUGGACACUGGACUGAACGCCAAGAGAAAUGAGUGCUGGCGAGUAUCGCCGGCUGCUGGAGGAGAUGCACAGACAGUGCGCUUUAGCACCCAUUUAAGACCUGCUAUCCAUUUUUGUACAUGUUUAACUUAAGAUUAGAUUUCGGGUCAAUUCGGUCUUAGAUCAGGGUUAAACGGUAACUGAAGCACCUACUUCUGAUUCAAACUUCACAUCCUUUUCUUGUGUUGUUCUCUCAGACAUGCACACUUUCUGCUUGGGCUUUGAGGGGGUACAGUUAGGAAGGCAGAAACUAUAUCUUGUACAAUUUUUUUCAAUAUAAGUUGUUUUUAUAAAAAUGCAGUUUACAGAGAGCUUCAAUGUUUUAGGUUUUUGGCAUCCUGAAUGGCUUAUUCAAAUUCAGAGGUUUAUAAGAAACAUAUUAGACCUGUUGUUUGCAGCAUGGAACAAAUUCACAAUUUCACACAAUUUUUUGAUACCACAUAGGUGCUGGAAUAUUAUAAUGUAUGAGAAGCAAACCCUGUUGAUCUACAUCAUGUGACUUCUUCAUAGAGACGUGUCUGUUUGAUAAAUACACUGCUAACCUGACUCACAUGCAACCACAAUAAACAUAUGGACAUGCAUUCAUAUUAUAUGUGGAUAAUGUGAUAUUAUUGGGAAAAUAGGGAAAUACACUACAAGAUGGAUCUUAAAUGUAAUCGUAUGAGUGUUUCAGCUUGCUGGCUGUUUAUUAACAAUGCUAAUUUCACUUUUUAAACACAUAUGUCAAGAAUUAACAUUGGAAGUUUCUGCUGAUGCUAAAUGUUUGGACCCCCUUAUCUUGUGUCGAUGUGGUUUGGUUUAUUACACGGCACAGAUGUGUACAUGUUCUGUUGUAUUUAUGCAUUCAAAUGUAUGUCCUAAAGCAGGGCUCCUCGAAUCUUACCCUGGAGGGCCAACACGCUGCAGAAUUUAGCUCCAACCCUGAUCAAACUCGGCUACCUGUGAUUUUCUAAUGAUCCUGAAGACAUUGAUUAGCGUGUUCAGGUGUGUUUGAUUAGAGUUACAGCUGAACUCUGCAGGAAGUGGAUCUUGGGGGCCAGAUUUGAGGAUCCCCUGUCCUAAAGCGUAUCUGAACCGAUCAUCAACUUUUCAUGUUCAGAAGUCAACAACUGCAGUGAAACGUUUCCCUUAGCCUGUAAAUGUACACAGUUAUGCUUUCAAACUGCUUAAUGGAAAAUGAUAGCUGUUAGGUGUUCAUAUUUGUAAACGUGGAACAUAAUAAAUAUUUGAUAUGAAAUCCUAUGCAACACAA